ACCCGGACGUAAACGCACGCGUUCCCAGAGCACUACCCAACCGCGGCGCGCGCAGGCUAGAAGCAAGGAGGCGAGACAGAAAUGGCGGCGACGUCGGGGGAAGCAGCGUGAUAUGCUGGAGCAAUAGAAUACCCUAAAAAUACAACUGUCACUCCAUUGUCGAGAAAAUGAAAAAGAUGUCGAAGUAGGACGUCUUUUGUAAUAAUUAUUACACACAAACGAACACCUUCCCCGGAAAACGUCCAUCUUCUAAUUGGAAAAGGGAAAAUCUCACCAGGAGCAUGGCUUCUCACAGUAACCAGUACAUCUUUGGGGAGUUCAGCCCUGAUGAGAUCAAUCAGUUCUUUGUGACUCCACGAUGUUAUGUUGAGCUUCCCCCCUUCAAUGACAAAGUGUCUUGCGUCAGUCAGUCUUCAGGAAGUUACUGCACUCCUGCUGUGCCUUACAUUACGGAGUCUAUGAGACGGCAGGUUUGCGGCGAAGACUACCAGCGCAUUGAGUUUGGUGUGGAUGAGGUGAUGAACUCUGAUCCAGUGGGCGUGAAGGAUCCUCUCUUCAAGGUGUCCAGCACCCUGAACCCCCAGGCUCCAGAGUUCAUCCUGGGCUGCCAGCCGUCUCAGAAGGCCCUGCAGGCAGCCACAGCCCCCUCUCCCGUGGCGGAUGUCCCAGACGGAGCCCACUACAACUCCCUGGACGGACCUGACGGACCUGACUCUGAGCCCUCUGCCAUGGACAACAACCCGGCCUGCCCGGAUGGGGACGGGGGCCCGGGCAGCCUUGGGCAGCGGGAGAGAAAGAAAAAGAAAAAGCGACCACCGGGAUACUACAACUACCUAGAGGGUUCGGAGGCCAACAGCAUGGGUGCCGACGGGCCCCCGGGGAAGGGGCUGGUGAACGGACACUCGCUCAGCGGCCCUCCCCUCAGGUCGGAGGACAUGGUUGGUAAGGCGUUGUCCGGGGGCGAACGUUCCACCUCAGCCCCUGUCCCCGCAGCCGCGGUGGAUUCGCCGGCCGUGGCGAAUCAGAGGACUUGUGACAGCCCCGAAUCGUCUUUAGACUUCACGAGUGGAGCCGCCUCUUUAUCAGACGGCAAAGACGCGGCUUCUUCCUCCUCUUCUUCCUCCUCUUCGUCCUCCUCUCAGAGCAGCGGUGUGGCGGAGGGCGGCAGGACUGCAGAGCAGCAGCCUGAGAACAUGGCUCCAGAGAGCCCCGAACUGCUGGGCAGCGGUGGGCACAGCCCCUGCCCCACCUCCCCUCCUCCCCCCUCGGCUGCUGUUGUCAGCCCGCCUGCCACCACCGCUACUGCUGAGGAGGAGGAGACUGGGGACAUUGGGGUGGCCAACGGGCUGGCCGAGCCCCACGCCGUAGUUGAUGGCGACGUGCUCCGGGAGGACUCCGAGGCAGGGGAGCCGCCCCAGCCGCUGGCCCCAGCUCCCCCGGUGGAGCCAGACUCUGAGGACCAGGUGGUGGUGGCGGCGGCGGCGGAGCUGGCACAGUCCCCUGCCCCUCCGACUGCGCCCGCCGCCAACCCCCCCAAGUCCUGGGCUAGUCUCUUCCACAACUCCAAGCCUCUGCCUGGAGGCCCUCAGGCCUAUGUGGAGGUGAAGAACAUAGUGGAGAUAGAAACUCCCUCCCCGGCCCCCGUGGAGCUGCCGGAGAAGGCCGGGGAGGUGAAGGAGACCCCUGUCCAUGUGUCAGAGGAUCCCAUGGCACCUAAACUCGCAGAACUAAUUGAGAAUGUGAAGUUGAUACACAAACCAGUGUCUUUGCAACCAAGAGGACUGAUCAACAAGGGAAACUGGUGCUAUAUCAACGCUACCCUGCAGGCCCUGAUUGCUUGCCCCCCUAUGUAUCACCUGAUGAAGUCCAUCCCCCUGUUCACCGUAACCCAGAGACCCUGCACGUCCACACCCAUGAUGGACAACUUUGUAAGGCUUGUGAAUGAGUUCAGCAACAUGCCGGUGCCAUCCAAAGCCAAACAGCAAGCUGCUGGGGAGAAGAUGAUGAAAGACAUCCGACCAGGCGUUCCCUUUGAACCCAACUACGUCUACAGACUCCUCACCCUCAUCAAGUCUAGUCUCUCAGAGAAGGGUCGUCAGGAGGAUGCGGAGGAGUACCUGGGCUUUACGCUCAAUGGGCUGCAUGAGGAAAUGCUGGCUUUGAAGAAGCUCAUCUCCCCUCAGGAAGAUAAAGCCCCCACACCCAAUGGCCCGGAGUCCCAGUCAGGUCUGGAAGAAAAUGCUGCUGAAAAGGACGAGGAGGGGAGUGGGGACGAAUGGGAGCAAGUGGGCCCCCGGAACAAGACCUCCAUUACCCGGCAAGCUGACUUUGUCCGCACCCCCGUAACUGACAUAUUUGGAGGACACAUCAGGUCGGUGGUGUACCAGCAGAACUCAAAGGAGUCCGCCACCCUGCAGCCCUUCUUCACCCUGCAGCUGGACAUCCAGUCAGAAAAGAUCCGCACUGUUCAAGAGGCCCUGGAGACCCUGGUGGCACGGGAGUCCGUUCAGGGCUACACCACUAAAAGCAAGCAGGAGAUUGAGAUCAGUCGCAGAGUGACCCUGGAGGAGCUCCCACCAGUGCUGGUCCUUCACCUCAAGAGAUUUGUGUUUGAGAAGACUGGAGGCUGUCAGAAACUGAUCAAGAACAUUGACUACCCCGUAGACCUGGAGAUCAGCAAAGAUCUUCUCUCUUCAGGGGUGCGGAGCAAAAUAUCCAAAGGCCAAAGAACCUACAGGCUCUUUGCAGUUGUGUAUCACCAUGGGAACAGCGCUACAGGCGGCCAUUACACCACGGAUGUCUUCCACAUUGGUCUAAACGGCUGGCUGCGCAUUGACGACCAGGCAGUGAAGGUCAUCAACCAAUACCAAGUGGUGAAGCAGACUGCCGAGCGCACUGCCUACCUGCUGUACUACCGUCGCGUCGACCUGCUGUAGACCGCACUCACAGACACACAACACGCAUACAAUCACUCUCAUACAGACACUGAUGUUACACACUUUACAUAUACACGCACUACAGACAUGCAUUCAUUUACGCACAUGCAUAUAUACAACUAAUGAACAGGAACACUGCCCAACUUCUUCUCUUGCAAGGUUUCCCUCUUCCUUCCCUUGUCCCUGCUUUUCCAGAGCCAGCUUUUCCAACAACGCCUUUUAUCUUUUUUGGAAGAAGAGACAAAAAGGACACAUUCUAAAAGAAUUUCCCUGUGAUGGCUUCCUCUUCUCUGUGCGGCACUGCUGUUGUUUUUUGUUUUUGCUGAGAGGAGAGACUAUUGAACGGACGUUGGGUGGAUGGGAUUGAGACUCCCCUCUGAACCUACAGCCUCGUUGAGAUUCAGACCAGUGGGUACUUUACCCACAACAAGAACUUUCUGCCAAACGAGGCUACAGGUAGACUGUUGGACUGCUGGAGAGAUCUUUUCUGUUUCUUUCUUUUUUUUUAAGAAAAUGGCAUAGAGAAAUCAGUGUUUUGCCUUUUAGUAAGGGGAGUUGUUGUCCUAAUGAAUUUCAGGAGUUUAAAAGGUAAAUCUUUGCCCUGGGUCUAGUGCAUCGGAAAAGACACCGCACCAGCAAAACCUUAUCGUUUGAGUCUGACUCCUGAGGCGAGAUGCUCUUCACCACCACCACCACCUCUUCUCCACCUUCCUCACUUUCCUGACGCUUUAAAUCUAGCUAACACUUGAGCCAUCAAAAAAGAGAGAAAAAAUGACAGGAGAAGAGGUGCUACAGUGUGCUGAAACUAAACAGCUUCUUUGUUUGAGAGAACCAUGUGUGGUUUCUGGGUGUAGAAUUAGAAUGACUAUCUAAAAACAAUUUUAAUGCGCUUUAGGGUUUAAAUGAUAAUUAAGAAAUACGCUUCUGUGCACGUAAAAUAUAUCUGAUCAAUAAAACGAUGUGGAUGGGCAAAUGCACAUAUUUUUUGCAGAUAUUUCGAUAUGCUGAGAGAAAACCAACCCACCUGAAUCUAGAUGUGGAUCACCAUGUUUGGCUCCCUGGGGGUUGUGCUAAUUCUAAAGCGUUUUCUGGAGCACUGGGGAGAUGCCAACGAGGACUGAGAUUCCAUAGCAAUCAUUUGCCCUUGUUUAUUUAAGACCUCUCCGACAUCCUCCUGUCCUGUUUCCCUGUCCUGGUCUGAAGGCUCCACCUGUGAACAGGCAGCCUGAGAGCCGAAUCGCCCGUCAUCCCCCAACUCACAGGAGGAAGGGGGCUGCCUUAGGUUUGGUAUGAAAGGGUCUAUAAUCCAAAUCUCCACUCAGUGUAUGAGUCCAGCCCAGUCAGUGUGACAACUGUAAGUCAUGUCUGUAAAGUGUUAUGGGAAUGUACGGUACCUGACCUCUGCAUUUCCCCUUUGGUGGCUGAAUGCGGUUCCUCCACUGAGAUAGAUGAGAGGGGAACUGGGAUCACGUCUGUACUGUUUGGCUCCUAGAAUGAACCCCCCGCCUACACACACACAUACACAAACACACACAAUAAAUGCACACGAAAGGAAAUCAUGUUUGCUUUUGUUCACCUUUUUCUUCUCAUUAUAAUUUGUUGUGUUGAUUUUAGUUUUGCUUAAAAUUGUUUAGUUAUUUUUCAUUUGUUCAAUAUUACCUUGACCGGUUACUCAGAAUUAUACUACAUGGCAUCUGAAUUGGUAUUUGAAAGAAAUAACCUAAGGUUAACUACAACAAUUAAUAAAACUGUAAAAGUUC